AUGGUCAGAAUUGCUAUCAACGGUUUUGGUAGAAUCGGUAGAUUGGUCUUAAGAGUUGCCCUUUCUAGGUCUAAUGUUGAAGUUGUCGCUAUUAACGAUCCAUUUAUUACCAACGAUUACGCUGCUUACAUGUUCAAGUAUGAUUCCACUCACGGUAGAUAUGGAGGCUCUGUAUCUCAUGAUGAAAAGAAUUUGAUUAUUGAUGGUAAGAAGAUUGCGGUUCAUAAUGAAAGAGAUCCAUCUAACUUGCCAUGGGGCCAAGAGAAGGUUGACAUCGUUGUGGAAUCUACUGGUAUCUUCAAGGAAUUGGAUACAGCUCAAAAACAUAUUGAUGCUGGUGCUAAGAAGGUUGUCAUCACUGCUCCAUCUGGUACAGCUCCAAUGUUCUGUAUGGGUGUUAAUGAGGAGAAAUAUUCUUCCGAUUUGAAGAUUGUUUCCAAUGCCUCUUGUACAACCAACUGUUUGGCACCAUUGGCUAAGGUCAUUGACGAACAUUUCGGUAUUCAAGAAGGUUUGAUGACUACUGUUCAUUCUCAAACAGCCACUCAAAAGACUGUCGAUGGUCCAUCUCAUAAGGAUUGGAGGGGUGGUAGAACUGCUUCUGCCAAUAUUAUUCCAUCAUCUACUGGUGCAGCCAAGGCUGUAGGUAAAGUGUUGCCUCAAUUGCAAGGUAAGUUAACUGGUAUGGCUUUCAGAGUUCCAACAGUUGAUGUUUCUGUUGUUGAUCUGACUGUGACUUUGAAGAAGGAUACCAACUAUGAAGAAAUUAAGAAGGUAAUCAAAGCUGCAGCUGAUGGUAAGAUGAAGGGUAUUUUGGGUUAUACUGAAGAUGCUGUUGUGUCUUCAGAUUUCUUGGGUGACAAGCAUUCUUCAAUUUUCGAUGCUUCUGCAGGUAUUCAACUUUCUCCUAGAUUUGUGAAAUUGGUUUCGUGGUACGAUAACGAAUUUGGUUAUUCCACUAGAGUGGUUGAUUUGGUUGAGCAUGUUUCAAAGGCUUAG